AGUUAAAGUUCAGGUUACUAUAUAGAACGUUGGAGGAACGCGCGUGGAACCUUAGAACGCCUCGCCCAUUCCAUUCUGUAGUAACUCCUCCCCCUGGCUGUGUAAAGUGAGAGCGCCUUGCCGAAAGCCGGUUCAUUACUCGAGAAGCCGGUUAGAAGGAGCAGCUCUGUUCAUACCGUUACCAUGGCAGCUCAUUGCGGGAGAAAUGCAUCAUCUGCCCUUCUCCGGGCUCUAGUAGAAGCCGAGAGCCGGCCUGCCCGGGCAGUACUAGGGAGAAUGAAGAAUCAGCACCAAGCAAUCCGGUAAGGAGAAUAAUAUUAAUCAUACAUAUUUUUUUUAUUUUUUUUUAUUCUACUGGAAACCCUGUCUCUGGCCAAAUCCUGGCUUUGUUCUUUCAUCUCAGAUCAGGAUUAUCAGAAUGUUUGGUUAUUUUCAUUAAUUAGCAGGCAAACUCGAAAUUGUAUUUAUUUAAAAAAGAGGUUUUUUUUUUUUUUUUUUCUUUUUCUUUUUCCAACACUUGGCUAUUUUAGCUUAAAACUUUGAAUUUCAGUUUGAAUCCCAGACAAUUCAUAGGUGGUCUUUGGUUAGAUCUCAGAAUGUUGGUAAAAUACCCUGAUGGGUAUUAAAAGGGGGUAAACCCCCCUCCCCCCCAAAACUAUGCCUUCCAAUAUGAAUUUUCUUGCUGAUGUCCUGUAGACUUUUUGCUACUAGAGGGAUCCGAGCUACUCAAGGUGGUUUUUCUAGGAUUCCUUUUAAAUUGAUUAAAUGCCUGUUUGACUCGUGCAUACUAUCCGCAUGUGAUGGUGACAUGUGACGGUCAAUUGGCUCUCCAUUAAGUGAGAUAGGGUUGUUUAAUCUCUUCUAGACCUUGAUCCUUAUAAACCAUAUUUGUAAAGGAGCUGUGGAUUCUCUUCAAAUAAGCUUUACUUGUUAAAUUCGUUAAUAGUGUUCGAUUAUCAGUUAGCCCUACAAAGGCGUUAUUUAAAAACGCUCUUAGAGUGAAACCACUUUAUGGGAGGGGAAGGAAGGCUACAUAAUGGGUUCCUGGAAAUGAGAAACCUCCCGGCUUUAAAAAAAAAAGCAAAACUCGUGAUAUCUAAGAGGCCCAGUCUGGGAGAAAUUUAAACAAACCUUUAUUCUUUGUACUAUCAAGGCCAGCUCCUUUUAUCUACACCAGAAAUGUCUUAUUGGCCAGAGUAUAUGAUUUUGUUGUAGUCCGUAUAUGUGCAGUAAUUGGUAUUAGAUUGUCUGUCUGGCAUGUAAUUAAUUGUAAAAGUACCACUUUAGUUUUUCGAUAUUGCUAGUGCACAGAUAUUGUGAAAAUUGGUUAAUAACAAAUGCAAAAAAUAGCAUGUGAAAUAACUACAAUUGUUUGUAUUUCCUGUGUUCGUACCUCCAAGACACAUGGCAUGUGCCAUGGAAUGUGUUGGCGCUAUAAAAUUGCUUUUAAUAAUAUUAAACUUGAUUUUUAAAUAGGGUAGUUGUAAUUUUUUUUUUUUUUACUUUAAGUUAUGAAAUACCCAGUUUAAGAAUAAUCUGUCCCCUUCCACCAUUUAAAAUGUAUUUAUGCCACCCUGUGAGUUAUUGCAUGAAACCUAAUUAUUGGGCAGAAGUCUCAAUUGUCAUGAAAAACAAUAAGACUGUUCUUGUUAAGUCGACAUUUGAAUCGAAUGCAAGGAUGUUCUGUCACACUCUUAAUAGUUAGGAUGGCACUGUCACUGAUCACCUAGAGGUGUGGUUGGAGGUAGGUGGGCUGUAAGUUGCCUCUAAUGCACAGCUUUUCAUAAGAAAUCCUUGAAAAAAUGUUAACUGUGAGGCAAAACACAUUGUCCCUUUUUAAAGUACAAAGUGACACGAGGUGAGGGUAAAAUACACAAUGUGCUUCUUUCCUCAGUGUUCCAUUCUGGCUGUGCUGACAAAUAUUUUUUUUUUUUUUUUUUUUUUAAAUCGGGAUAUUCCAAAACUCUGUACUGUAGUUCUGUUCACGCAUCCGGGCAGAUACCCAAAUGUGUGGUGUGUGUUUUUUUUUUUAUUUUAUUUUUUUUUAUAAAUAAUCCAGGAAGUCUGAAAACAAUGCCUUUUUGGGUUGGAAACAUGGUCAUGAAAUGGUGACUCAUACUUUGAGAACAUUGUUAGAACAUUGUCUUCUGGGAAAUGCCUCCUCAAAUACUUCCUCUUUUUAGCAGCUUUGUAGUAUUAACUCCUUGCGUGCCUAUAUUUCAUGCCAAGUGAGAGUUUGAUGUGCAUGCCUUGUCCUGUAGGUUUUUAUUACCAUCACAAACUAAAUGUAACAGAUUACUACUAAUUACUGAUUUUGGAGUUGGUAGCAAGGGCUGUGACGGUGGGUAACAACAUUGUGUAUGGUAGAACUGGUUUGUAUUAACCAGAAAAAAAAUCCAAUAAGGCAGAAAGAAAUCUUAAUGUUGAUUGCAGCAGGGCAAUUACUGUAAACUAGUCUAUCCAGAGCAGAAGGUGUGACGUACUGUAGUUUGUCAACCUGUAAUUGUGGUUGGUCAAUUCUCAUUGUAUGCAGGAAAUGGGCCCCAUCAGAAGGCGCAUAAUGAGUUUGAAAUGCCUAUGUGUUGUGCAAGAUAAAAGGUAUUGUCAUCUGCAAAACAUCUGGAUGAGACUCUUCUAAAGUAGUGCACUGAUUAAAAUCUAUCCACUUCAGGGACAAUGGCAUGUCAGGCUUUCAAGGUGACACGGUAUCGGUCAAACACUGUCCUCCAUGAGAUGUAGUUACCUGAAGGUCACAUAUCUCUCCAGUAUUUACAGUUGCAAUCUAUUUGAGUGGCUGCACAUAUCAAUUUAUUGCAGAUAUCUCUGCGUUUCCCUCUCCUGUGCUGAGAAGCAUGGCUACUAAAUUGUAUAAAGUUGGAACAAUUUGUACAGAAAUUGUGACUGGAUUUUUCUGCAUCUUUGUAGAUGAUGCAAAGUGUAUAAGAAUGUGAAAUAUUACUAGAAUGGUAUUUACACUGCUCUGUUCUAAUAAUUUUGUCACUUGUCUUUUUCAGCCAUAUUAACUCCUGUGGUAUUCUGGCCUCGCACUGUACAAAGCUACCUCAUCCUUCACAUAUCCAGAUGCAAACGCGGUCAUUUUUGAAUCUUGCAGCACCAUUUAUUGGGAACAAGCGCAUGGACUACUCAGAAUCGAAAGUUUUAGGGUGAGUAACCUGUUGGGAUUAUGUGUGGAUAAUUUUUUGCAUUCCUACUGAUGUGAUAGCAUUUACUUUGAUUCCAAGCUUAUAGUGUCAUUAGAUAUCCUAUAUUAAAAUUGGCUAACUUGGACUCAGGAAAUGCUUGAUACUUAAAACGACUCUUAAGACCAUAUAUGUCUAGUUCCGGGAGCAGAUAGCCCCCUCCUGAGCUGUCUCUUCUCAAUCAGUCUGUUCUUUCUCUUUCUCAGAACUUAUCUUAUAUCACUGAGAACACAGUAAAUAAUUUAUUUAAAUUCAUUGAAUUAUAGUGUACAGUGUACUCAAAUAGUAAUUGAGGCCAUAAUAACUCUGGGGACAAAAAUUCUGUUGUCAGGCUAUUUUAGUCUCAAUUUUGUCCUUUUGGAUUUCUUGAAAUUUAGUGAAUUCUUUAUUGGUGGUAUGCAUAUAGGUAUUGGGGUGGGGGUCGUUGAUGUUUGAAAUGCAACCAAUUCAUUGAUUGAGCACCCCAUAAUUAAUUUGUUCUGACAAAAUUUAUUUCAUUUCUUCCAGGUAUUCCAUAGAGCAAAUGUUUGAUAUAGUGGCCAGUGUGGAGAAUUACAAGUUCUUUGUACCUUGGUGUAAAAGUUCAAAAGUCCUGUCUACUCACAAAGGAGUUACAAAAGCUGAGCUGGAGGUGGGAUUUCCUCCCAUUGUGGAGAGAUAUGUCUCUAAAAUCUCUGUAAUACCUCAACAUCAGAUUCGGGUGAGUGUCCAUUGAAUCUGGAGAGUAAUUGUGAAUUGUAAUGUUCUUGCAAUUUGAUCUUUUAGUUUGUUGGGUUUUUUUUUUUUUCAAAUUGCUGUUAAUCAGACAACCGGUCUUGUUUCAUCCUGGUAUAGAGCUAAACUCAAGAGACAGCAAUUGCCCAUUGCACCUGCCUUGCAAAGACCUCUCAUUGUGCUGCAUUGGAAAGUCUUUGAUUGGACAGCCACAAAGUCUGGGCUGGGGAAGAAGAGGAUGGCUUGCAAAGAGGCAGACCAGAGACUUGUAACUUUUGCAAUCUGUUCUUGGAUAUUCCCCCUCCCCCAAUGAAGACACUUUCAACAGAUUUUCAUUGGGGGUAUAUCUACCAUAUGGUUUUUAUUUGGGCAGUGGAGUGUCUCUUUCAAAAUCUUAUAAGUAAUCUCCAAAGAGACAGUGGUAUUAGUUCCAUUGUGGAUCUGCAGUCUUGCAGUUAUAACUGCUACAUGAGGAUUUUUUGCCAAGUUCUCCUGCAUUUAUCUGUAAAUAUUACCUUUUUACUAGUUUUAAAUGUUAGAAGCACCUUCUUUCAUAGUCUAGUUAUAUUGGCUGGAGUUUAUUGGUGUUGACAAAGAAUAGAAUGAACAACACACACAAGCUACAAUGCAUUCAGAGUAUUUUAGAUCAUAAAUUGUCCUGUUUCUUGGUUAUCUAUGAUCUCUCCAUAUCCAAAACAUUUUCCUAAGUGGAGCUCAUGUCAGGGAAAAGACCUGAAGAAUAUACUUCAAGGUUUCCAGAUUAGAGAAUAUCGAGUGCUUGGGAACUCAACUUACAAUGGCAACGUGGGUCUGAUUUUUAUUUUUUAUUUUUUUCGAGCGCUCGAUAUACGCUAAUCUGAAAACCUUGAAGUAUAUUCGUCAACUUUUAAAAAGUUCCAUCAAGCUUAAAGUUAACACCCGUUAUAUAUUCGUCUUUGAAACUUCUGAGCAUUAAAAUCUGCAUUAUUGCAAAGGUUAUGGUACAGAAAGUACACUGUGUCUUAUAAUUACAGGACAGAGCACCCCACCCCAAACACACUGUUCUGCAGACACACUGAAUUCUCCACUAUGGGCCUCCUCUCACAAUUGUCUCUUUAGUGAAAAGUCUGUCUUAAUAUGCAACUUCUUAUUCACAUUCAAUGGUCUGCGUAGUUUAAUACACCCCUUUCCCUUUAGUGCAGUGUUUUUGCUAAUCAUGCACUACAUUAGCUUUCUGGAAACCAAAGAGUUAGUACAGGUCUGACCUUGUUUGCCAGAAGAUAUCUAACACCAUGCAAAGUGCAAGUUAAACACGCAGCCCUUGGGGCGGAGACCUGGUGAGUUGGAAGUGGUUUGAGUACACAGACGUAUUUAACGUCUGGCUGACGCAAGUAAGAGCUUGUUGCUAACUGGCCUGUUAAUUCCGCUCCCUGUUCAGGUACAAAGAUCAAUUGGUGAACUUUGGGUUUUCUGGAUCUCUGCAGCACUGCCAUCUGAAAAGGAGUGGUUCAUUGUAGGGCACAUGACUGCUAAUAAAAGGAAAUAAAAUUCUAAAAUGGCACAUGGUGAAUUUAAUAUCACAGAUCAGUGAUUUUGUUGGCAAUGGCUCAUUCUGCUAAUCUGGCCGUAGGCAGCUACCUGCAUUAAGUUUUAUACUGUGCUGACGUUGCUUGAUUCCCUUUUUGAUAUGGGGGAGGGAGAGUGUAUAAGCUGUUUUACUGUUAACCUAUAUUGAUCUGAUUAACAACCUGUCAACUACACAAUAUUGAAGCAUGUUUACACACUCAAUUUACCGGGUAUUUAUUUAAUCCAAUGCAGGCUGUGUGCAAUGAUGGAAAGCUUUUCAGUCACCUGGAGACGGUGUGGCGGUUUAGCCCAGGCUUGUCUGGACGACCUGACACUUGCACCCUUGAUUUUUAUGUAAGUAUCUGUUUUAAUGUUUCACAAUCACCAUUUUGUUCUAUUGGUUCUUCUGUAGGCUUGGUACUCCAUAAUCUAUCGUUUGCGCAGUGGUUCCCAAACAGUCCUCAUGGCCCACCAACAGUCCUGGAUUUAUAAAUGUCCUCUUUAUUGUUCCAAUGGAGCUGCUGACAAAACCUGGACUGGUUUGGGAACCACUGAUCUAGGGGUACAGAGGGGCAGUUGGUUUAAACACAGCUGGGCUCUCUUUUGGUGACCCAUAGGUUUGAGAACUGACCUACUUGGCAUAUUUUAAGUAGAUAAAGAAUGCGUAUGUUCCGAGGCAGUGGUAAUUGUUUGUUGGGCUUUCUUUUCAGAAGAAAGUGUUGCUCCAAAUAGGUUAAAUUAUUUUUUUUAAAUCUAAACUUUGAUAUUUCUCUGCCAGCCUUAAUUCUGUGAUUGCUAGUUGCGACUCGGGGGGGGGGGUGGUUAGUCCUCUAGCAUAAUUAGAAACUUUCUAAACCUCUGCUUUAUUAUCCCUUGUAAACCUUUUUUUUUUUUUUUAAUGCUUUUAUUUUUCAGGUUUCCUUUGAAUUCAAAUCCCUUCUCCAUUCUCAUCUGGCAACAGUCUUUUUUGAUGAAGUGGCCAAGCAAAUGGUUCUUGCAUUUGAGAACCAAGCAGCAAAGACAUACGGACGGCAAACCAUCCCGUUGCGGGCUGCAAAGCGUCGAGCAGUACAAUAACUGCCCUCGGAACUUUAAAAUAACUGGUUUUGGGUCCUAUGAAACCAUUUAUAAGUGGCAUCGUUCGACCUAUACCAUCCCAUGCGUCUGAUGGACUGCCCCAGAGUUUUGCACAUUCCACAGAUUAUUUAUGUAUAUCUGGAACUCAGUGAACUUAUUUAUAAAAUCUUGGAUUUUUUUUUUUUUAAAUGUCAUGUCUCUAAUAUUGCAGAUCAUGGUUCAACUGUCGUACAAAACCACUUUAUUUUUAUGAUAUUUAUUUAAAAAUUACCUUUUGAAACACUUUAUUUCUAAUUUAUGUGCAUACGUGUUUUAGAAGAUACUAAUUUUUAGUUAAAAAUAAAAACAUUCUUUUUUUAAAAGCAGAUUGUCAUUUCAAGGAGCACUGAAAUGUUUGAUUAAUUUAUUUGCCAAACUUGGAGGAUACGAUUUGCAGGGACCAGGAAGUGUCACACGUUUGAGUUGU